CGCCCGCUACUUUCGUGCCACUCUGGGCAGCACUUCCGGCGGUAAGUAGAUAUCCCAGAGUUCCGUGGGCGUUCGGGUCCUUCCGCUGCAGCAACCAUUGGAGAGUGGCCGCCAUGGCUCUGCGCUACCCCAUGGCCGUGGGCCUCAACAAGGGCCACAAGGUGACGAAGAACGUGAGCAAACCGAGGCACAGCCGCCGCCGCGGGCGCCUCACCAAGCACACCAAGUUCGUGCGGGACAUGAUCCGGGAGGUGUGCGGCUUCGCCCCCUACGAGCGGCGCGCCAUGGAGCUGCUCAAGGUCUCCAAGGACAAACGGGCCCUCAAGUUCAUCAAGAAACGGGUGGGGACGCACAUCCGCGCCAAGAGGAAGCGCGAGGAGCUGAGCAACGUGCUGGCCGCCAUGAGGAAGGCAGCUGCCAAGAAGGACUGAGCCCGUGUGUGGAAUAAACCUUUGCAGAGA